GCGCGAGGGUGGGGCGGGGAGCCCUGGGAGGCGACAGUCGAGGGCGCAGCCACAGCCUUCGCCGCCUCUGAGCGGCAGGAGGGAGCAGCGGUCGCUGCGCUUCGCCGGCCAGUUUCCCGAGACCCCGCUUCUCUCCGCGGGCAGAGAUCUUUCUCUGCGCCCCGCCGGGUACCCCUAGUCCAAACCUCUCCGGAGACAUGGAAGAAUUUUUGCAACGCGCCAAAUCUAAACUGAAUCGGAGCAAACGGUUGGAGAAGGUCCAUGUGGUUAUUGGACAUAAAUCGUGUGACUUGGAUUCUCUCAUUUCUGCCUUCACAUAUGCUUACUUUCUAGACAAGGUCAGUCCACCUGGGGUUCUCUGUUUGCCGGUGCUGAACAUACCAAGAACCGAAUUUAAUUACUUCACUGAGACAAGGUUUAUGUUAGAAGAGCUGAAUAUCUCUGAAUCAUUCCACAUAUUCCGAGACGACAUUAACCUGCAUCAGCUCAAUGAUGAAGGGAAGUUAUCUCUAACACUUGUUGGCAGCAACGUGCUGGCCAGCGAGGACAAAACCUUAGAAUCAGCGGUUGUCAAAGUCAUUAAUCAGGUGGAGCAGAGCGAUGGCGGCCUUGAGUUCCAAGAGUCUUCCUCUUCCCUCGUGGUGAAAGAGAUCCUCCAGGAGGCUCCUGAGCUCAUCACCGAGCAGCUGGCUCAUCUCCUCAGAGGUAGCAUCCUUUUCAAGUGGAUGACCAUGGAAUCCGAGAUCUCAGAGAAGCAAGAAGAAAUUCUCUCUAUCCUGGAAGAGAAAUUUCCUAGCUUGCCUCCAAGAGAGGACAUUAUCAACGUCCUGCAGGAGACCCAAUUCAGUGCUCAGGGUUUAAGUAUUGAACAGACAAUGCUGAAAGAUCUAAAGGAACUGUCCGAUGGAGAAAUAAAAGUGGCCAUUAGUACCGUGAACAUGACCCUCGAGAACUGUAUGUUUCACAGCAAUAUCAGCAAUGACUUGAAAGCAUUUGCAGACAAGUUCGGCUUUGAUGUCCUCAUCCUCCUGGCCAGCUACCUGUCGGAGGAAGAGCAGCCCAGACGGCAGAUCGCUGUGUAUUCCCAGAACCUCGAGCUGUGCAGUCAGAUUUGCUGUGAGCUGGAGGAAUGCCAGAACCCUUGCCUCGAGCUGGAGCCCUUUGAAUGUGGCUGCGAUGAGAUCCUGGUGUACCAGCAGGAGAACCCUUUGGUGACCUGUGAUCAGGUGGUUCUUCUUGUCAAGGAAGUCAUCAACAGGAGGUGUCCAGAGAUGGCUUCCAACAGCCGGACAUCCUCGACCGAAGCUGUGGCAGGAAGCGCCCCACUGUCCCAGGGAUCUUCCGGGAUUAUGGAAUUGUAUGGCUCCGACAUAGAGCCACAACCCAGCUCUGUGAAUUUCAUAGAAAACCCUCCAGAUCUGAGCGAUUCUAACCAGGCUCAGGUGGAUGGGAACUUAGACCUCGUCAGCCCCGAUAGUGGCUUGGCCACCAUUAGGAGCAGCCGUUCGUCCAAGGAGAGCUCAGUUUUCCUCAGUGAUGACAGUCCAGUGGGAGAAGGUGUGGGGCCUCACCACAGCCUUCUCCCAGGGUUUGACUCCUAUAGUCCCAUCCCCGAAGGAGCAGUCGCUGAAGAGCACGCCCGGUCCGGAGAACACAGCGAAUCUUUUGAUCUCUUCAACUUUGAUCAAGCGCCCAUGGCUUCUGGGCAGUCCCAGCCAUCUUCCCAUUCUGCAGACUACUCUCCCGCAGACGACUUCUUCCCCAAUAGUGAUUCAUCAGAAGGACAACCCCACACCGGACCUAAAGAAAUCAGUGGGAUAGGGAUGGACAUGUCUAAUUAUUCAUCCAGUUCACUUUUGUCAGGGGCUGGCAAAGAUAACCUUGUGGAAUUUGAUGAGGAGUUUGGUCAGAGACAAGAUAGUCCCCGGGAUCACUCUGAAAGAAAUUUGAGCCUGACAGGUUUUGUGCGAGAUAAAACUCCUUCACCAGAAAGGCUAAAAAAUAUUGGAAAGAGGGUCCCACCAACACCUAUGAAUAGCUUUGUGGAAAGCUCACCAUCUACCGAAGAACCAGCUCUACUCUAUCCAGAUAAUGUGACCCAAAAAACAAUAAACACAGGUCACAUCGGGCCACCUCAGACCCGUGCGAGGUGCAGCAGCUGGUGGGGUGGUUUGGAAAUCGACUCUAAAAAUAUUGGAGAUGCUUGGAGUUCCAGUGAGCAGGAGUCUGUCUUCCAGAGCCCUGAGUCAUGGAAAGAUCAUAAGCCAAACCCAGCAGAUAGGAGAGCCUCAGAUUCUAUAUUUCAACCAAAGAGUCUCGAAUUCCCAAAGUCAAGUCCCUGGGAGUCUGAGUUUGGUCAGCCUGGGCUUGGCAGCAAUAAUAUUCAAGACCGAAAUGAGGACAAUUUGCAGUUUCAGAACGUGCCCCCGGAGAAAUUGAAUUUGCCAAAUGCUUCUCCUCAGGGAACAAAUCACCUGAUAGAAGACUUUGCCGCCUUGUGGCGUUCUGAUCGCUCUCCCACAGCGAUGCCAGAGCCGUGGGGUAAUCCCACAGAAGAUGGCGCCCCUGCCGCUGCGGUGUCAUUCCCAGCCUGGAGGGCCUUUGGUAAAGAAGAUGGCGCCAAAGCUCUGACAAGUACCUGGCACCUGCACCCAACCAGUGGUGAGACGCCGUCUGUGAGGGACCCGAGCCAGUGGGCCAUGGCAAAAAGUGGGUUUUCUUUUCCUUCAGAAGACAAUUCACCCAGCGAGGCAAAGAAUGAAGAAAUCUGGGGCCAGAAGAACCACAACCCCAGGGACGAUAUCCUUAUAUCUGGGAAUCCCAGCUCCGAUCUGGAUCACGGGUGGAAUAGUUCUAAGCCAACAAAGGAGGAUCAGAAUGGUUUAGUGGAUGCAAAAAUUAGGGGGAAGGUAUAUGAAAAGGUUGAUUCCUGGAAUCUUUUUGAGGAGGGUAUCAAAAAAGGCGGGUCGGAUGCCAUGGCACCAUGGGAAGAUUCCUUCUUAUAUAAAUGUUCCGAUUACAGCGCAUCCAACAUGGGGGAAGAUUCCGUGCCUUCCCCCUUGGACACCAACUACUCCACGUCUGACUCUUACACGUCGCCAACCUUUGCUGGAGAUGAAAAAGAAACAGAAAACAAGCCAUUUGCCAAAGAAGGAGACAUGGAGUCAAAAGACGCGAACUCCGCCGUGGGGGAGAUUGAAAUCCCUUCUCAGUCCCCAGAGCAGCCACCUAGGAAUCGAAUUAGCUCAGGUCCCGGAAACCUGGAAAUGUGGGGUUCCCCUGAUGCAGAUAAUAGUUGUUCAAUAAAUGUCACUCAUAACUCCGAUAAAGAUUUACUCGAGACAGAGCCCACCGAUGAUAAGAACAUCUCCCUGGACGAUGACAUUGGGGAAAGCAGCCUAUCCAGUUACGAUGACCCCAGCAUGAUGCAGCUGUACAACGAGACCAACCGUCAGCUCACGCUUCUACACAGCAACACCAACUCCCGCCAGGCGGUCCCCGACAGCCUCGACUUGUGGAACAGGGUGAUUCUGGAGGACACGCAGUCCACUGCGACCAUCUCCGAUAUGGAUAACGAUUUGGACUGGGAUGACUGCAGUGCUGGCGUGGCGAUCUCCAGUGAAGGUCAAGCACAGGGAUACAAGGCUGAAGGUCCCGAACCUGAGACCCGAUUUUCCGUGAGACAGCUGGAACCGUGGGGUGUGGAGUAUCAGGAAGCAAAUCAGGCAGACUGGGAGCUCCCUGCCUCUUCUGAGCAUGGCGAGGACCCUCCUGCCAAGGAAUAUGACACCCUGAGUGAAAAAAGUGGGCAGCUCAUCGCAAAUAACAUUUGGGAUUCCGUCAUGAGAGAUAAUGACAUGUCUUCGUUAAUGAUACCAGGCCCACCGUAUGUUACAGAUUCUGAACUACACAAGUCACCUUCUGAAACUCCCAACUCAUCAGAAAAAAUUAAGGACAGUUAUAUCCCAGAGGUGCUAGAAGCUUCUGGAGCCAAUGAGUCAGGAACACUUGAUCCUGAUAAGCAGGGUGCAGGCAGAGGAACCCUGCCAAGGGAUGCGGCAUCCUGGGCAGCCACCCUUGAGAAUCCGGGACAUGUGGCACACUCAGAUCCGUGGAAAGGUCCUCAAUAUGGACAAAGCGAAGGUGAAGAGGAAUCCCAUGGAGCUGUUGCUAGGGAACGCCUCAGUGAGGAGGAGAUGCUAGAUAGAACCUCAGAGAUUUCUGGAAAAGGGCCAAGUGACCAGGAAUGCUCUUCCCCAGCGGCAUCUCAACAUCAAGAAGUCUGCAAUGAAUCGGGCAAAAGCAGCUCUCAUUCAGUCACUUCCAGUCCUCAGAAUGAGGAACCCCAGGAGGUUUUAGAGUACGAGAGCGGGUCCUAUAAUCCGGAUCCCUGUGAUGGUCACACAGACCUGCAGGUCCGAGAGACCUGUGACAGGCACCUCAUGGAUUACAGAAAUUCAGGGGAAACCACAGAAAUUUCAGGUGGGCUGAAAUUAACAAAAACUGUGUCUUUACCUGAAAUGGAUCUUGAGAAAAUUGGAAAAUGUAACGUUCUGGAACCAGAGAGAGUGAACCAAGAGCCACCCCAUGAAUGUCCCCAAAGCCUUGACAUUUGGGAGGCCUCUAUAGACAGUAACACGCAGGUCAGUUUACCAAGUUCUGAGAUAACUAAGAAUCCUGAAGUCGAGAGUACCGAAGACAGCCCUCCAGGAGCUGACCCAUCAGGAAAUUAUCGCAGAGAUAGUAUUUCUAGUGAGUACACACAUUCCAGCGCAUCCAGUCCUGGCCUAAACGAUUCUUCAGCCGCAUUGCUUUCCUGGGACCAGGGACCCAAUACAAGGCAUCAGAAGCAGCAGCAAGAUGAUUGGAACCAACAGAAUCACCAAGAAUCUGCACUAAUUACUACUAACAGUCAAGUAGAAGUAAUUACUGAAAUGCAGGACCUGGAGAAAACCAGAAUGGACAGGUUGGAAAAGAGCUUAGAUCACAAGGUUCCUAAAUUUUUAGAGAUUUGGAAUGACUCCUUAGAUGGUGAUUCCUUUUCCUCUUUAUCCAGCCCUGAAACAGGCAAAUAUUCAGAAUAUUCCACUGCCUGUCGAGAAGGAAACCUAGUGUUUAGCCGUCAGGAGAAAAACGAGCAUGACGUUUCUAAAACUCUGCAGCCAGAGGAGGCCGGGUUCAUGGCAACAAGCUCAGGUUCUGAUGACGACAGCGUAGGGGAUGAAGAGUCAGGGGAGAAAGAGAGGCAUCUGGGCACUUGUCAAGCUGCUAAGAGUGAACCCAGGGCUUGGGAUUCACUGAAUGACCCUAAUAAGUUCUCAGCCACAGCUGAUCCCAGUGAUGAAUUUUCUGCCUAUGGAGGCAGUUCAGAACCAACAAAGUCAACUCCGUUCUGUGACAGUCAACCAAAUAGCCCCGAUCACUGGAGUUUCUCGCCACUAAAGGAGACUGAACUGCAGAUCACAGCAGUGGAAAAGGAGAUGAGAUCUCCGGAAACAGUGAGGACAGGAGAUACCCUGUGGCAAAUCUCCCCCCAAAGUGAAUCGAAGAAUGAGAAUUAUUCUAAAUUGGAAAUGCUUGGCUUCUCAGCAGAGAGCAAUGAGUGGUGGAAUGCCUCUCUACAAGGAGGACGACCAAUUGAGAGUACAUCGGAAAGGGAAUUACCUAGCUCAAGUAGCGUGUUAGAGAUGAGCUCUUCAGUGUACCAAAACUUGAGUCCCUGGGGAGUACCCAUGCAGGGUGACACGGAACCCAUGGAAAUGCAAUGUACCAAUCCUUUCACUGAGGAACAUCAGUCACCUUUCCUGGAUAGCAAUGAGGAGAACUCCCAUGAGCAACUUUGGAAUAUUCAGCCAAGGCAGCCAGACCCAGAAUCUGAUCAGCUUAGCCAGCUGGUAAUCCUGGACCAAAUUAAAGAGAAGGAUUCCAGAGAGCAAAGCUCCGUGUCUUCUGCCGGUCAGGAACUGACUUCAGAAACACCUACCCAAGAUCAGCAGUGUCAGAGCGCAGUGCUGUCCGUCUGGGGUCAGCCCGACCCAACAUUUACUCACACAGAUGAGAAUGGACCUGUGAUGUCUAACGUUUCGAUGGUUGAGUGUCAAGAAACAAAUUGGUGGGAAGAAAGAAAAUCAUAUCCGGAUGAAAUAACAAAUUCAACCAUUGCCUCAGAAGAUUUCCCCACUGUCAGUUGUUCCACCGAGUUGAUAAAGAAGUCGGGUUCUGAAUGGAAUGUCUCUACCCCUAGUGAGGGCCCCCAAGGCACGUUUGUUCCAGAUAUUUUACAUGGCAACUUCCAAGAGGGUGGGCAAGUGGUCUCAGCUUCACCUGACUUGUGGAUGGAUGCUAAGCAGCCCUUCAGCUUGAAAGCAGAUGGUGAGAAUCCAGAUAUACUGACUCACUGUGACUAUGACAGCAAUUCUCAGGCUUCCAACAGCCCUGAUAUAUGUCAUGAUUACGAAGCAAAGCAAGAGACAGAGCAGCACAUCCAGGCUGGAGUGGGACCCGGAGGGGUAGCUGGUGAGUUAUAUCUCCCUGAGCCAAAGACGGAUGAAGAACCCAGUCCGGAGCCUGGGCAGGAAUUUGUCCCAGGCAAUCCAGAACGAUCUUCUGAAGAUGUGAUUCCACUGCCCCCAAUCAGUGGUCCGGUGGACACAAGGGGCUCGUCUCCACCUGCCUCUCACAAAGCUUCCCCUGAACCUUCUGAAAUCAGUGGUGGAAAUAAUACAGAUGUCCAAGCAUCUGAGACAGGAGUUGCCCCAGAUCCAGCACCAAAUCUGCAGCUUGCCGACAGGACAAGCCCAAUGAUUGAAAACGUGGGAACGGGUAUUUGUGUAACUCUCCACGAGCCGACUGUGGACAGCAACAGCUCGCCGAUGUCAGAGGGCUUUUCCCCUGAAAGCCAGACAGAUACAGGAGCCUUGCUGGACCAUGAGCAGCCCUUUGCUACCGAGACUUCUGCUGCUGGUCCUGACGCCUUGCUGGCCUCAGACACUUGCCUGGAUGUAAGCGAAGCCGCCUUUGACCACAGUUUCAGCGACGCCUCAGGUCUUAACACGUCCACGGGAACGAUAGAUGACAUGAGUAAACUGACAUUAUCAGACGGCAAUCCCGACACGCCAGUUGACGGGGAUGCGGGGAAGCAAGAUAUCUGCUCAUCCGAAGCCUCAUGGGGUGAUUUUGAAUAUGAUGUCAUGGGCCAAAAUAUCGAUGAGGAUUUAAUGAAAGAGCCCGAGCAUUUUCUCUAUGGUGGUGACCCUCCCUUGGAAGAAGAUGCUCUGAAGCGAUCGCUGGCACCUUACACACCGCCCUUCGAUUUGUCCUACUUCACAGAACCGGCUCUUGGUGCCCCAUCAACAGACUCAUCCCCCAAGGAUGAGUCUCUGGGCAGCGAAACAGCUGAGAUACUGCUUUCUGCCCUUCCCAAUCAAAGAAGCAAGGAAAAGCAUGAAGAAACCCAAAACAGCCAGCCUGGACAGCUGGUUGUGCUGCAUAUUCAUGAAGGUCCUGAGCCAGAGGGAGCCCACUCCAACCUUGAGUUGUCUCCAUCGAACAUCGACUGGGAAAUAGAAACAGAUAACUCGGAUUCACCAGCAGGUGGAGACAUAGGACCACCAAAUGGAGCCAGCGAGGGAGUGUCAGAGUUGGAAAAAGAAAAAGUAAUUUCUAUCAAAGAGCCUGAGCGGAUAACACCAGAAUACAGGGAAGAAAGGUACACAGAGAAGAAUGAAGAUCGUCAUGUGCUACACAUGGACUACAUACUUGUAAACCAUGAAGAAAAUUCACCCCCAACACCUGAGGCCCGGGAAGCCAGAGAAAGCACAUGUGAAUCAGAAGAGUUUCCCACGGGUCCUGAAGAAACAGGGCUGCCGGGAACUCAGCUAGCAGGCCUCCCAGAUUCCUGUCAGCCCUCCUCCUUCAGUGAAAGAGAAGAUGAUUCUGUAGAGACAAUGUCUCCCAAAGGUGAUAAGAGAUCAUCUCUUGAGAGCCCUGGGCAAGACCAGAGCUGGAUGGUCUUGGGUCACAGUGAGGAGGGUGAUCAGUCGUUAGAAGCUAGGAACUCGGGGCCUGGAGAGUCUGGCCAGGUGGUAGAGCUGACCUCCCCUUGUGGCUUAGGUGAGGGCCCCCACAUACAGAUUCUAGGAGGAAUGAAGCCUGUGGAAUCUUUAACACUAGAAGAGGCCCCUGCUCUGGGCAGCCAAUCCCGGAAGAGCAAGGGCCAAGGCAGGGCUGGCCCGGACGCGGUUCUGGGGCAGGCUGCCCGCCACGACAAUGAAUGGGAAAUGCUUCCACCUCAGCCUUCUCGGAAAAACAGGAUCCUUGAAACGGAAAUGGAGGAGGAGACAGAGUUUCUGGAGCCCAGAACGAGGAAACCGAGACCAAAAGGACUGCUGUCAGAGGAUGUAGGCAUGGACAUCCCCUUUGAGGAGGGAAUGCCGAGCCCCAGUGCUACAGACAUGAGGCCUGAACCUCCUAAUUCUCUGGAUCUUAAUGACGCUCAUCCUCGGAGAAUCAAACUCACAGCCCCAAAUAUCAAUCUUUCUCUGGAUCAAAGUGAAGGCUCUAUUCUCUCUGAUGAUAACCUGGACAGUCCGGAUGAAAUCGAUAUCAAUGUGGACGAACUCGAUACCCCUGACGAAGCAGAUUCUUUUGAGUACACGGGGCAUGAAGUUUCCACAUCUAACAAAGAUUCUGGCCAAGAGUCAGAGUCUAUCCCAGAGUAUACAGCGCAAGAGGAGCGAGAGGACAACCGGUUAUGGAGGACAGUGGUGAUUGGAGAACAGGAACAGCGGAUCGACAUGAAGGUCAUCGAGCCCUACAGGAGAGUCAUUUCUCACGGAGGAGAUUCAGGCUACUAUGGGGACGGCCUAAAUGCCAUCAUUGUGUUUGCUGCCUGUUUUCUGCCAGACAGCAGUCGGGCGGAUUACCACUAUGUCAUGGAAAAUCUUUUCCUAUAUGUAAUAAGUACUUUAGAGCUGAUGGUAGCUGAGGACUAUAUGAUCGUGUACUUGAACGGAGCAACCCCAAGACGGAAGAUGCCAGGGCUGGGCUGGAUGAAGAAAUGCUACCAGAUGAUUGAUAGGCGGUUGCGGAAGAAUUUGAAAUCAUUCAUCAUUGUUCAUCCAUCUUGGUUCAUCAGAACAAUCCUUGCUGUGACACGACCUUUUAUAAGUUCAAAAUUCAGCAGUAAAAUUAAAUAUGUCAAUAGCUUAUCAGAACUCAGUGAGCUGAUCCCAAUGGAUUGCAUCCAUAUUCCAGAGAGCAUCAUCAAGUACGAUGAAGAGAGAUCUUAUAAGAGAAGUGUGAGACUGGAUGAAGAACUGAGGGAAGCAUCAGAAGCAGCUAAAACUAGCUGCCUUUACAAUGAUCCAGAAAUGUCUUCCAUGGAGAAGGAUAUUGACCUGAAGCUAAAAGGAAAGCCCUAGUUGGCCGGGCGUGGAAGAAGAGGAUUCUCUCCUGCUUCACGAUUCUGCUGUAGCCCAUCCACCCGGAGGACGUGGGGCGGAUGCUGCUACUUUCCACUUUGCACUACCUGGUGCCAUUCUAAAUUUCUAAGGGGAAAAAACAGUAAGGGAAUUUGUUUACUCUUCACGUAUUUUAUGAAAUUGUGUGUAUUUUCCUAUUUUGCCAGUUACGUGCCUCAAAAAUUUCAGUUGAACCCUAGCAAGACAAUAGGACCUUCCGUUCCAAUAUCCUGUUAACCCUUGGUGCGCUGUAUCUCCUCUCUUAGACUGGUCUUGACCGAUCAGAUACCUUCUGUCCGCUCUUAAUCAUGAGCGGGUUCAUUUCCGGAGAUUAGCUGGAUUUCUCCUUGGUGAUCAUUUUAGGUUUAAAACACCUGGGGCUUGGCACUCCCCAGGCAAGUUGUCCCCCAUGGAACUCCGCCUUUAAAACCCUUGGCUCGCUUAACUCGGCUGUAACCAGAUUCAGGUGUGAAGUCACCAUCAGCUGAGUGUACCCCCUUGGGUCUUGCCCCAUGAAUCGUCUCUAACGUCUCAAAGGGACCCAGGUUUUCUAAUUCACAUCAGGUUUAUUUUAGUUAUCAAAUCAGGCGUCGUGUUUUCUGUGAAUUGGCCUUCUUAAAAAUCAUCAUUUCUCCUACAAACGUUGAAGAUCUCGACGCUGAGAAGCUUGAGGAGUGAUGGUGGCGUUUUUCACUUGCUCUCUGUGCUUCACGCUGUCAGCUUGGUUAAAAAUGUUCCACUGGGCGUGCGGAGGACUCGAGUGCCCGGUGGUCUGCUCAGAAAUCAUUAUUUGGGAACCUUCAUUUUUCUCAAGUUCUCUCUCACGGGCGUUACAAAAAGCAGUCUGCUUUCAGUCACUUUCAACUGAUCGGAGGUGUAACAUGAAAUAGGAGUGUGGCCUCUCAUUUGCAAAAUUCCUCUGCGUAGUCUUCACGCGCCCUUUAAAAUACCAACGUGUUUUCAGACCCGCGGGCCUCUAGCAGAGGGGCUGGCAAAGGCCUGGGCAAAUGGAGCACACCACCUGUUUCCACAUGGCCUUCUCAUUAAGAAUGGCUUUCACAUUGGGGUCGAAAAACAUUUUUUUAAUAUUUUACAAGACAUGAAAAUUACUCAGAUUUCAGUAUCCCUGGAAACAGGGCCGCACGAAUUGGUGCCCAAACUCUCUGGGGCUACUUUUUCCUCUAGCAGCCGCAGAGCCGAGCAGAGACAGCAGACCAUGAGGCCCACAAAGCCGGAACUAUUUCCUCUCUAAAGAGUUAGACCAGGAUUCCCCCCCCCCCCCAUGGGCUGCAGUGGUGGCUACAUCCAGGAGAGCCGUCCGGGGCACUUGUCCUGGGCGUCCUGCACUUUCAAAUGCCUUGAGGUAGACCUCUUUGUACAGGUGAUGGAAUGUGGCUGCCACCAUUCACUUCAUGUCUGCCUCCCACCCACCUUCCAGACGUGCGCGCACACACGCAGGUCAGCGCUCCUUCCUCCACAAGCCAUACUUACCCGAGUUCCCCUCCGUGUCCCUUUCAGCCAAGCAUCUUGUGGAACUGUGUUCUUUUGGGUAUCCUCCCUUCUGACCUCUGUCUUGUCCAAUAGAAAAGCCCUCGAGCAUAUGCUCUGUCUGUGCCCAGCUCCACCCUUGGAAGCCCACAUUAUGCGUCUCCUGGAGCUCAGUGUUGACAUAAGACCAGUGACCUAAUAUUUGGUACGUUCACCCCUGGACUGCUGUUGGCCUAGCACGGUUACUGACAAUGCUCCCUUUUGCUCAGCCGUGUCCCAUUUUGGAGAAUGAAUUAAGUAGCACCCCUAACCACAGAAAGGCAUGAAGAAGGCAGGGUUGUGUUUAGUUGGUGCAAUCCUGAGGACACAGAGCUCCUCACAGGGGAGUCUUGUUGUAGUCAACCAGACACAGCAACGGUCUCACCAUUCACAUUUCGCUUGAGCUUGUCUUCGCCUGUUCAUGGAGAACUACUCAGGUGGUCUUCUCUUGGAAGCUUCAUCUUCCUACAUGGAAAUCGUGAACCUCUCUCCCAGUCACUGAUUUUGUUCAGGCUGUUCCGUGGGCUGCACCGCCGUUCCGAUAGGCAUCUGCCAUUUUAGUCUCUUAAAAAGAUGCAUUAAGUGCACGUGCUAGAGAAAAGCCACUCUGUAGAUUCUGUCCAAGUAAGUAGAAUUCUAGAAGAAUCCUGAACAACGAAUCCCUAGGCAGAUAGGUAGACAGAUGUAAACACUCACAUCAGUAGCUAGCUAGCUGUUGCAUUCUGAGCAUUCUUGCUUUGGUGCUGACUUCUGGGGAUGGUUUUGCACUUUUCCUAUAGGUUUGUAGGUCAGGGAACCGAGGGCUUUCGGGGCAAAUCCCAAGGGGGCAACUGCUGUCUGCGUAGGUCCUUGAUUCACAAAGAACAUAAAUCUACUCAGAAGCUACCAUCAAGGAGAGAAAGAGGGUGUCAGGGCAAUUGCCGGGGGUGGGGGAAAGUCCUGAAGUUCCUCACUGAAGCCAUACAAUGUUUUGUGGGGUCACCUCCUGAGACAGGCUCCGACAUGUGUGAGAAGUCACUACUCUAAGCUUUCGUGUUACUAAGCUGUCAUUUUCAGUAUUUGGUUACAGCAUCACGUUUACGCCUCCUCUAAUCACAAUGCCUCCGUAGUCUGCUCCCUUAGACACAUUUAGAUGUGCACAAACUAAUCUUUUCUAUAUUUGAAAGUUUUUCUACCAUAUAUCAGAUUGCUCAGAAUAAAGUAUCUAUUAGAGUCUGUUUUGGUAAAUAAAUAAAUAAGUUAUCCCUAAAUAGCGUGGAUUCAUAAUAUAAAGAUAUGUAAAAACACCAUAUUAAAAAAUUAUAUAUAUAUAUAUAUAUAUAUAUAUCUAUAUAGCCUCUCUGUAUGACUCAGAAAUAAAAACUGAUUCCGCAA